GCUCUCGACCUGCCUCGGAAAGCACUAGCUGCAAGUGUGUGGGCUGGGGCGUGGAGCAAACCACCAGAACAGGAGACAUCAGAGCAGCUUCAAGAACCACGGGCUGUUAAUUGCACAGAUGUCUCAUGAAAUGGAAAGACCCAGUGUCCAAACUUCCCCAAUCAUCCCCAAACCUCGGGGACGAAGGGCUCUUUACGCAACCUGGGGCUUCAUUGUUCUCUGCAUCUUUGCCCUGUAUCACAUGGAGAAGUCCUGGCACCAUCCCGCAGAGUACAUCACCUUCUACUUCGCGGCCCUGCAGAUCGGAGCUCUGCUCAGAGGGGUUUGCAACUUCAUGGAAGAGAUUCAGCACGUGCAAUCCAGAUAUCGCAGCAGCUGGUGGAGGGUAGUGGUUGCCUGCCUGAGCCCGAGUCUGCACCGCCACAUGCUCCUGCUGCUGAUCAGCGUCUGCGCCUACAUGGCCCUGUUCGGCGAUACUGGGCUGCAACUCUUCCUCAACCUUAUCCUCCUCUGCCUCUGCCAGCUCCUCAGCUUCGCCUUUGGGCUUCAGAGUCCCUCUGCUGUGGAAAUGUCUGAAAUCUGUGAAAAGAACAACCGCAACGUAGCACAUGGACUAGCCUGGUCUUACUAUGUGGGGUACUUAAAGUUAGUUCUGCCACGCCUUAAAGACUUGAUCAGUGAGUUCAACAGAGCCAAUAACAAUUUGCUGAAGUGCAAGGAGACCUGGAAAUUGCACAUCCUUCUCCCGGUGAGCUGUGAGAUAUACGAUGACCUGCAGAAGGCUGACAGCCACAUCCAGUACUGGAAAGAUCUCCCGGCGCUGCAGCUGGACCGUGCUGGCACUAAAUGGAGAAGCUACAAGCAAAGCAUCUAUACAAUUUUGGGUGAAGACAAAAAGCUGAAUUACUGCAUUGUGGAAUAUGCCCCCCCGCUGCAGUCCCUCUAUGCUAUGUCCCAGGAUGAAAGCGCCGCCUUCAGCAGGGAGGAUCGCCUGGAGCAAGCCCAACUCUUCUGUAGGACCUUGGGGGAGAUCUUACAGCACUCCAAGGAAUGUGCGGGCUGCUACCGGCUCAUUGUGUAUGAGGAGUCGGGAGACAGCGACAGCCAUUUCCUGUCAAAGGAGAUUCUAAGGCACAUCAGACAGCAGCACCUGGAGGAAUACACCAUGUGUGAGGGGAAUCACGAGUCCACGACCUUCCUCUCAACAGAGCCCAAUAUCCUGAUCAGUGACUCAGAGCUACCCAGGCCUCUGCGGAGCGAUGGCUUCUGAAACGUGUGGGUGGGACUGGCAG